CGCGGUUGUCUGUUGUCACGGUUUCCCGUGGACGGGAGGGGGACGAGUGUUUGACGUUUGCCUGGGGAAGCGUAGCCUGCGUAGCGGGGAUCUCGUCGUCUCGGCUGUCGCUCGGUCGUGUCGACAUGCUGACGUCUCUACGUCGAGCUUGCGGGCUCUUCGCUCCAAGAAACGUCAGGGGAGUGCAAACAACGGUGGGCCGCGCGUCGGAUCAGCUGUUCGUCCACAGAGACAGCGAGCACGACAAUCCCAGCACGCCGUUCGAUUUCAACGAGGCGAACAAGAAGCGGAUCGAGGCGCUGCUCGCGAUGUAUCCCGAGGGGCACAAGCGCAGCGCGAUGAUACCGCUGCUGGAUCUGGCGCAGCGGCAGCACGGCUGGCUGCCCAUCUCCGCCAUGCACAAGGUCGCCGAGAUACUGGAGGUGUCGCGCAUGCGGGUGUACGAGGUCGCCACGUUCUACACGAUGUUCAAUCGCCGGCCCAUAGGCAAGUAUCACGUGCAGAUCUGCACGUGCACCCCGUGCUGGCUGAGGGACUCGGACUCGAUAGUCAGCGCCGUGACGAAGGCCACGGGCUGCGAGCUCGGCGGCACCUCCGCGGACAAGCAGUUCACCGUCUCGGAAGUCGAGUGCCUGGGCGCUUGCGCCAACGCGCCGAUGUUCCAAGUGAACGACGAUUAUUACGAGGACUUGACUCCGGAGACAGCGACGGCUGUAAUAAACGCUUUCAAGAAGGGCGAGAGACCGGAGCCGGGCCCGCAGAACUCUCCGAGAUUCGCGGCCGACCCCGCCGGUGGACUUACGUCGUUAACGACUCCACCGCCGGGUCCUGGAUUUGGAAUUAGGUCGGACUUGUAAAAUAAAGUGUGUUUUCGAUAGGGCCGUAGCGUAACGAAUGUAAAAAGGUUGUUAAUAAACAUAUGCCGAAGUAGAUUA